CAAAAUAUCCCACACUACAAUUUUCUCUUCAUGUGCCUUAGCUUUAACUUAGUUUGUUGUUCCUCAAGAAAAUGAAGUUCCUUCAUCUUCUUACUUGGCUUCUCCUUCUCACCUCCUUCCUGGAGCUCUCAUUGGGUGCCCCAGGUUUUUGCGGUUGGAAAUGUAGAAGGAGAUGUUCCAAAGCUGGGGUAAGAGAUCGGUGCAUGAAGUACUGUGGGAUAUGCUGUGUGAAAUGUGGGUGUGUGCCUUCCGGGACUUAUGGGAACAAACAUGAAUGCCCUUGCUAUGGGAACUUGAAGAACUCCAAGGGCAAUUCCAAGUGUCCUUAAUUAUAUUAAACCCUAAACCCUUUACUUUAUUGCCUUUUCCCAACCUAUGUGUGUUCUUCUAUAUGGACCCUUCUUACUUCAACUAAAUGAAAAAUAUCUACGUCUCCCCGAAUAUAUAUCUAAAUUUACAUCAUAAUUCAUCAUGUGGUAAA